AUGAAAGCUUCCAUUGUUGAACGGUUUAAUCGAACACUAAAAAGAAAAAUGUGGAUGCAAUUUAGUUUACGAGGAAAUUACAAGUGGUAUGAUAUAUUGCCUACUCUUAUUUCCAACUACAAUAAUACAAAACAUAGAACAAUUGGAAUGAAGCCUAAAGAUGUUACUUCAGAAGACGUUGAAAUUUUAAAAGAAAGGAUCUCUAAACUGAGAAAAAUUCCUUUAAGACGACCAAAGUAUAAAAUUGGUGAUAAAGUUCGAGUAAGCAAAUAUAAAAACGUUUUCGAGAAAGGAUAUACACCCAAUUGGACAACAGAAAUAUUCACCGUGGAUCAAGUUGUAUCAACUCAACCAGUGACUUACAAGCUCAAGGAUUACCAGGAUCAACCCAUCAGCGGAGGAUUUUAUGAAGAGGAACUUCUUAAAGUAAAAUAUUCAGAUAUUUAUCUUGUGGAAAAAUUCUCAAGACACGUGGAAACAAAGUUCUUGUCAAAUGGCUUGGCUUUGAUAAUUCUCACAAUACGUGGGAAGAUAAAGCAAAUGUAUAAUCUAUUAUUCGCAAUCGUCCCUAGUAACUUAACGCAAAUGUCAAUCAACCAGCAAAUCAAUCAAAGAUUAAUGUUAGCGUAG